CCAGCUUGCAACGGGCUAUAAGCGCACGACCCCUGCCGGGCUGACCCAGACGGACUAUGAGCCAUCUCCAGCUCCUCCUGGGCUGGAAUAUCUGGAUAUACAGCACCAAGGACAUAGUAUACCCAUCGGCAAUCCUCUCGGCUCGUCCCUUGGCCCUAGGACGACGGCAUUGCCGCACCUUGGGACCCAGAUCAGCACUCGAGACCAGUAUUCGACAGCCACUCCGACCUUCAAGAGGCCGACUGAGCAUUUGUCGAGAUCUCCUUCCUUUACAGCCUCUGUAAACAGACGACACCCUCUGUCGCCGACACCUAGCCCCAUCACCAAUUUUACGAAUGCCGUUAGAAUGGAUCAAUACUCUUCGAAGACCCCGGCCAGCGUGCCACCUCUGAGUUCAAUCACCACUUUGGGCAAUCUCUCGUACGCCGAUGCGUCGUCAGCGACGGGGACACUACCCGUCAAGAUAGAGAUUCAGGGCAACAUCGACAAGGGCUUCUUCCAGUCUGAUUGCGAAUGGACGUGCUACAGGCGUAAUUACUUCUCUUGUAUCUGUUCUUACAGCCUGUCACCAUACUAUUCUUCCCAGUCUUUGCAAUUUCAGCAACUCGGCUCCAAGCAGCCACUCAAUGUCUUCGGAUUUGCCAUGUCGAUUUCGGCGGUCGUUGCCGAUAAUGACAGCCACACCAUCGAACUUGUUCAGCAUACACCGAAAAGAGACAAGGGGCCUAUUGCGAAGCCUGAUAAGGUUCGUCUCCUGCCAAAACCGCUGCAGCCUGUUCACCAUCCUCUCGGGCUGUACGCACAUGAUUCCGGCAUGGGAGGACCAUCAAGAAUGGCGUAUCCGGAUGCUUUCAGCGGCGGCCAUCAUGCAGGCGAUGCAUACCAGAACGAGCACACCUUCGAGAGAAUCCAGUUCAAGCAGGCCACGGCGAAUAAUGGGAAAAGACGAGCUGCGCAGCAGUACUACCACCUCGUCAUUGAGCUCUGGGCAGACGUCGGCGCACAAGCAGCCGAGAAAUUCGUCAGGGUUGCUUAUCGGAAGUCAGCAAAGAUGAUCGUGCGGGGCCGGUCCCCCGGGCAUUACCAAGGAGAAAGACGUGGAAGCACGAGCAGUGGACCGGGCGGUUCUGGUGGAAGCAUGGGUGGGUUCAGUAGCGGAACGAUGAUUCCUCCCGAAUUCCCUCCUUCCGGGCCGUCGAUGGGCCCAGCAUACGGUCAUCACUUUGAACCGAGGGGAGGAAUGAGCGGGUUUGGACCAGCACGCCAUCACCAUGAAAUGGCGUACGAGCCCAUGAUCCCCCAUGACGAUAUCAAGCCCCUCGACACAACGAAGGGAUACCAGUAUUACCCAGGACCGAUGUAUGAGGGGCCGCACGGCGACAAGGGUGGCAUCGACGUGUUCCACCCACACCGGAAUGGGCAUGACGGCGCCCUGCCCCAUAUGGCAGCCAGCCUCGAGCCACCGCAUGACAGAUUCAAGAGGGAUCCCGAGGCGGACCUCCUAUCGGGUCGAUUCAUGCCUGGGCCGCUCGCAGUCAGCAACCGCUGUAACACGUACGAAGGCAAAAACACCUCCACAGGCUACUAUCCUACGGCAGUGCCACCAAACAACAUCAACAUUGCCAACAUCACUUAG